CCCGGCCCCUGCCGCCUUUCGGUUUCUCUCUUCCAGGAAGGAAAACAGCGGCGGGGAGCAGGGCCGCGCCGCAGCCCCCGCCCCUGCCGCUGCCCCGCGCCGCCGCUCCCCCGCUCCCGCCUCUCUCCUCCCCUCGCCCCCCCGCCUCCGCUCCCCGUGCCGCGCGCGCGUACCGGCUUGCAGACGGGGCAGGGAGCGCGCGCGGUCACACGCGCAGAGCCACAGGCGCGUGCGGGGCGGGGGAGGCGGGAGCGAUUGCGCGGAGCAGCGGCGCUGAGGAGAGGACUCUGGUGGUGGGGCGCCUCUCCCCCCCACCUCCCGGGCAGCUCUACGGGCCGCGCCGUGCCCGCCGCCGGGCAAUGGUGGCGGCAAUAACUUCCCCUUGAGAGGGACGGGCCGCGCUGAGCCGCCGGGCCGGGAAAGGAGCGGAAAGUGGGGAAAGCCCGAGAACUUCCCGUCCGCCCGCGCCCGCCCGCCCCGCCGGGCUUCGCCGUUUUCCUCCUGAGAGAUGUCUGAGGCUCCUGCUCAGUGCUUUAUCAAGCAGGAGAGAAUUUCGUACACCCCUCCAGCGAGCCCGGUUCCAAAUUACACCUCCUCGUCACCACUACAUGUCCCAGUGCCUCGAGCCAUCAGGAUGGAGGAAGACCCGAUCCGACUGCCUGCACACCUGCGUUUGCAGCCCAUUUACUGGAGCAGGGAGGAUGUGGCACAGUGGCUCAGGUGGGCGGAGAAGGAGUUCUCCUUGAGGCCGAUCGAGAGCAGCACUUUCGAGAUGAACGGCAAGGCUCUGCUGCUCCUCACCAAAGAGGAUUUUCGAUACAGGUCUCCUCAUUCAGGUGAUGUUUUGUAUGAACUCCUGCAGCAUAUCCUGAAGCAAAGGAAAGCUCGUAUGCUCUUCACACCAUUCUUCCACCCUGGGAACUCCAUCCAUGCUCAGCCAGAGGUUGUAUUACACCAGAACCAUGAAGAAGAUAACUUUGUCCAGAGACCUUCAAGACCAUCCACAGAAACAGUCCACCACAACCCCCCAACCAUUGAACUGUUGCAUCGUUCUAGGUCACCCAUCACCAACAAUCACCGUCCAUCACCAGACCCCGAUCAGUGUCCGCUGAAGUCCCCUAUGGACAACACUAUCCGCCACCUCUCCCCAGCUGACAGGGUGCCAGCAACCAGGCAUCAGCAAGAGAACAACCACCAGGAGUCCUAUCCUCUCUCAGUGUCCCCCAUAGAAAACAACCACUGCCCACCUCCUUCUGAGGUGCUUCAGAAGCCCUCCAGCCCUCGCCAGGAGAAUACCAGGGUCAUCCAGCUUAUGCCCAGCCCCAUCAUGCAUCCUUUGAUACUCAACCCCAGGCACUCCGACUUCAAGCCACCAAGGUUUCCCGAGGAUGGGCUGCACAGGGAUGUAAAGCCAAUCAACCUGUCCCACCGAGAAGAGUUAGCUUAUAUGAACCACAUCAUGGUGUCUGUGUCUCCUCCUGAGGACCAUGCCAUGCCAAUUGGAAGAAUAGCAGACUGUAGGUUGCUCUGGGACUAUGUUUAUCAGCUGCUUUCUGACAGCCGGUACGAGAAUUUCAUCCGAUGGGAGGACAAGGAAUCCAAAAUCUUUCGGAUAGUGGAUCCCAACGGGCUGGCCCGGCUGUGGGGAAACCACAAGAAUAGAACAAAUAUGACUUAUGAGAAAAUGUCCAGAGCCCUACGCCACUACUACAAACUAAAUAUCAUCCGGAAGGAGCCAGGACAAAGGCUUUUGUUCAGGUUCAUGAAGACCCCAGAUGAGAUUAUGAGUGGCCGAACGGACCGCCUCGAGCACCUUGAAUCCCAGGAACUGGAUGAACAAAUAUACCAAGAAGAUGAGUGCUGAAGGGGGCCACGGCAUGGCUGGCACCGUGUGGGAGGGGAAGCAACAACACAGAAGCAGUACUUGGGGGUCGCCGCUUAGCUUGAAGACCACGCAGGACCUGAAGCACCUUAACAAAAGAAACUAACAGGCAGAAGUGGUGCUGGCAGAAAAGUAAAGGGGAGAAAGCCUGGACUUACGCACUACUUCACUGUUCCUACAAAGUUUCCCUUGAGUUCGUUCUUUCUUUUUGGUUUGUUUCAGUUUUGGGGGGGGUUGUUGGGGUUUUUUUUCCCCUAAUAAACAGGCAGUUUGACUUUCCUUAUCUCAUAUAGGACAAGACAUCAGAUUAUGCUUUUUUGGUUGUUGGGGUUUUUUUGUUUUGGAAGGCUUUCCUAUGGAAACAGAGCACUCUUAUUUUCUGUGCAAGUCUCAUGACAUAACACUGCAUAAAACAAUAGCAUCACAGAAGGGAUUUGCUCAAGGGUUCCAGUUUGCUCAGCUCAAUUUACAUGUGCUGCCGCUGGGAAAUGUGUUGGAAGUAACCAAAAUGAUUCACCACACAUAUCAGUCAAGUGAAGACGAGACACCCUGCAUGUGUUGGCUGGGGUAUCACCCCAGCAGAG